AUGCCUCUCUGGAUAAACUACUACCACCGGGACCACCACUGGAGCCUGGGCAGCCUCUCCUGCAGCGUGGCCGGCUUCUUCUACUACUCCAACAUGUACCUCAGCAUCUACCUGCUGUGCUGCAUCUCUGUGGACCGCUGCCUGGCCGUCACCUACCCCCUGAGGACCAAGGCCUUCCGCAGUGUGUGCUACGCCUGGGUGCUGUGUCUGGUCGUAUGCGUGGCUGUCAUGUCCGCACACGGCCUAGUGCUGUUCAAGGACAACCUGCAGGACGCCCACGAUGACACGCAGGACCGUUGCUACGAGACCUACCCCAUGCCGCAGCCCGUGGCCAUGUUCAACCUGCUGCGGGUGGGCAUCGGCUUCCUGCUGCCCCUGCUGGUGCUGGGGCUGUGUUACUGGAGGAUCCUGGGCCAGGUGAAGCAGAGCGAGGGGCUGGCGGAGCAGGCUAAGAGGAAGGUACGGCUGCUCUCCUUCGGGGUGAUCGGGAUCUUCUCUGUGUGCUUCGCCCCCUACCACCUCCUCCUGCUGACCCGCUCUCUGGCCUACUACCACAUGGACGAACAGAGGUACUGUGAGUUUGAGCAGAACAUGCACUUCCCCUUCUCGUGCACGCUGGCCCUGUCCAGCUUGAACAGUGUGGUGGACCCAGUGCUGUAUGUGCUGGUCAGUAACGGGGUGAGGGAGGACAUGAGACUGUGCUGCCUUGGGAACAGACAGGGUCAAAGGGAGAGAGACAUUCCCGUCACCACCGUAACGUGGAAGACAUUAAUACAAACCUGAUCUGAUUACAUACUGUGUGUGCGAGUGUGUUUGUGUGCAGGGUUGGGUUGGUUACUUUCUAAAUGUAAUCCAUUACAGUUACUAGUUACCUGUCCAAAAUAAUAUUCAGUAAUGCAACUUUUGGAUUACCCAAACUCACGUUUAGUUACUUUUGGAUUACCUUCCCAUUAAGAGGAAUUACAAGAAGACAAAAAGGAUCCAUCAAACGCAUUUGGUGUGUUGUCAUAGUGGUCCCUGACUUGCGCAUGUGGAACAAACUGAUGCUUUUUCAAUUCUGAUUGAAUAUCAUUGAGAAAACAGAAAGGUGUCAAGUAUGUUUUUUUGCAAAUAAUCUAAGAAGUAAUCAUGUCCUUCAGAGUUAUCUUUGGUCUCUUUGUUGCCACUCUGAUUAUUGCCCUCCUUGCCUGGUCCGUGAGUUUUGGUGGGCGGCCCUCUCUUGGCAGGUUUGUCGUGGUGCCAUAUUCUUUCAAUUUUUUAAUAAUGGAUUUAAUGGUGGUCCGUGAGAUGUUCAAAGUUUCUGAUAUAUUUUUAUAACCCAACCCUGAUCAUUACUUCUCCACAACUUUGUCGCUGACUUGUUUGAAGAGCUCCUUGGUCUUCAUGGUGCCGCUUGCUUGGUGGUGUUGCAGACUCUGGGGCCUUUCAGAAAAGGUGUAUAUAUACUGAGAUCAUGUGACAGAUCAUGUGACACUUAGAUUGCACACAUAUAUACAUAUCCUUUAAAAAAAUGUAUUUCCCUUUAUUACUUUCCAACCCCACCACCCCUUCCCUAAUUGGAGUAAACUAGUGAACAACAACGCUUCUACUUCCAGCUUAUACGUACUAUAUACACCUUAUGGACACAGUCAAUUUUGCAAUAAUUCUACCUUGCUUGUUUUUUUCUCAUAUAUUUUCAAAAACUGUUUGCUAGACGUAGGCAAGACCAUAAGCAAAUAGGUAAACUGGGAUAAUACUAAAGAGUUAAUCAGGGUGAUUUUUCCAGAAAUAGACAGGUAUUUACCUUUCCAUGGUAGCAAAAUCUUAUCUAUUUUUGCUAACUUUCUAUUAAGAUUUAUUGGAGUGAGAUCAUUUAUUUAAUUUGGGAUUUGUAUUCUGAGUAUAUCCACAUCACAAUCAGACCAUUUAUUGGUAAACUACAUGGUAAUGUAAAAAUUGUAUUUUUAGUGAUCCAAUACGUAAUAUAGUACAUUUAUCAUAGUUUGGUUGUAAUCUAGAGCGGUUAGAAAAUGUAUCUAGAUCCUCUAUGAGGCUGUGGAGGGAUUCAAGUUGUGGAUUUAAAAGAAUACAUUAAUCAUCAGCGUACAAUGACACCUUUGUUUUUAAGCCCUGGAUUUCUAAUCCCUUGAUAUUAUUGUUGGAUCUGAUUUUAAUAGCUAACAUUUCGAUGGCCAUAAUAAAUAGAUAGUGGACAACCUUGUUUACUCCUCUUGACAGUUUAAAACUUUCUGAGAAAUAGCCAUUAUUUACUAUUUUACACCUAGGGUUACUAUACAUGAUUUUAACCCAUUUUAUAAGAGAUUUUCCAAAUAGCAGGCCUGGUUUCCCAGAUUUUUCAUAGUGUUCUAUUGUUUCCAGUACUUGCCUUAUAUUAUCUCCAAUGUAUUGUCCAUGUAAAAAACCUGUCUGAUUAGAAUGAAUAAUGUCUGACAAUACCUUUUUAAUUCUAUGCGCUACACAUUUUUCUAGAAUUUUUGCUGAAGUGUAAGGGGCCUCCAAUUUUUUUUAAUAGACUGGAUCUUUAUAUUUCCCACUUGUAUCCUGUUUCAGUAAUAAAUAAAUCAGACCUUCUUCUUGAGUGUCUGAUAAUCUACCAUUUACAUAGGAGUGGUUAAAACAUGCUAAUAACGGUCCUCUGAGUAUAACAAUAAAGAUUUGGUAUACCUCGACUGGAAUGUCAACCAACCCUGGAGUUUUCCCGGACUUAAAGUCUUUAAUUGCAUCCAGAAGUUCCUCCUCUGUAAUUUCACCUUCACAUGAGUCUUUCUGUAUGGCUGUUAAUUUUACAUUAUCAAUAGAAAAAAAAUCCCAACAAUUAGCUUCAGUUAGAGGAGAUGGAGGCAACUGAAACGAAAACAUCACAUUUUUCUAAAGUAUCUGUAAUCUGAUUACAAUAUUCUUGCUGGUAAUGUAACUGAUUACAGUUACAGUUUUUUGUUAUCAGAUUACAUGUAACUGUGAGCGUGUCUGUUGUAUGCCCUUCAUCUAUUGCAGUAAAUCCUUUCUGUGCACAUUGUAAAAAGGACAGCAUGUUUGUCUGUGUGACUUCAAUAACAUGUUCUUUCAGAUCAACCCACUUCAUGGACAAUCAGUCAAUCAUGUUGUCUUUAAAAUGUUCAAAGAAAAGGACUGCAGCCUUUGUGUAGUUUUUCUAAUAUCCUGCUUGGUGAUGAGGAUGGGUAUUCAUUUAUAUGCAUCAUGUUCUUAAAUUGGAGGUUUCUGUUAAUGCCUGUCCUCAUUGUUAUGGAAAAUCCUUUCAAAGGCUGUCUGUUUUGGCUUUAUGUUACAGGGUUGUUCCGCUUGAAGGGCCCUUGUAUCUCUUCAGGUCUGCCAUAGGUUUUAUUGAUAUGUGCUUGGUUUACAAAUGAACCUUUAUAUUCUAAUUUGUCUGUUUGAGGACCAACAUAAAUAAGAACAUUGUUCAAUUUCAUAUUAAUCCAAAACAAAAUCUAUGUAAUAAACAGUGCUGGUGUUGAAAUCACAGGAAAUACAGUACUGGACAUUGAAGACAUGUUGUACAAAUGUCCAUCCAAUAAACAAAAAAGGAAGCUACCCAAAUUUGCAUAUUGUUUCUUACAUUUACAUGUACAAUUCCAUUAGGGGUUAAAUCAGUUCCCCUCUCAGUCCCUCAAGGUAAAAUAUAAAAAAAGAGAACAAAAAUACAGCACUGGAAAAUAAUGAACUUCCUCAUCAACUGAGACACUUACAGUCAGUACAGCUUUUUAACUCAUGCUCUGAACAUGAGAGACCACUGUGGACCCCCACUUUAAUGAAGGAGUGUGAUGCGGCUGUGGGGAUGGGACUUAGUCCCUCUGUCCCCGGGUUGAGGGUGGGGUGGGGUAUUUGUGGGGCUCACGGUUCCCAUCCUAGUGGUGGUCCCUAUGGUCCUUAUGGUCUGGAUAAGAGCUCUCUGGUGCUGAUGAGGAAAGCUGAACACAGGACUCUGGAGACGUCGUGGCUCACGGAGAGCACGGCUUCAAUCAGCCUCACUGACAGCUAA